GAUGUAAAAAUAUGUAUGUGAUAUCUUUUCUUAGUCACCUUUCACAGACCUCAAGAUUGUUCAUGGUGCCCACUGGACGUAGAGAUCCAACCCAAAAUGUCACUGUUGUAUAGCUUAUCCCAGAGGAAUCUCAGAAUGGGAAAAUAGGUCAGAAUAAGAAAUAAUUUCUGUUUUAAUUAAAUUGUCCUGUCUUGAGCACACCUGAACAUUUUUUUGAAAGCGCUGUAUUUCAAAAAAGGUAAACAUUUUUCUGUCCUUUUGUUUUGUCUUCUAGAUAAAGGGCUUGGUUUGUUAAUAAUAUCCUGUGUAAAUUAAGUUACAUGUGGUGCUUAGGUGCCCAUAUAUCAAUCCUGUAAGAUGUGUGGUCAUGCAGUGCCAGACAUCAGUGCCACUUUAUGAAGUUGUGGCAAAACCUGCACAGACAAAAUCUGUGCAUCCUGGAAUGUUUUCUAGAGGCAUUGUGGCUGUCAUUGUUACCUGGUGCUGGUGUGGGAGCAGUGGACACCUUAAGGAGUAAGGCUGGGAUGGGCCACGUGUUGUCUGGUGCCAACAUCCAGAAAUGACAUGAGGACAGUUUGAAAUUCCUGCUCUAAACCCUCAGUACCACCUUAGAAUCGGACUUAGAUAAACAUUUCUUUUAGCUAACAAGCUGAAGGUUUUGUGCUGCUCAAAUUUUUCUUGAUUAUUAUUUGUUGAAUAAUCUUGUCAGUGUUAGCAAGAUAACGUCUAAUUUAUCUGUUCUAUUUUAUCUCUUCUGUUCUUUCCUUUGGAGGUCAGUAGGUUGAAGUUAAGUUUAUUUUGAAAUACUGGUAAGGUAGAGUCUUUGCAUAUAAUUGGUAACAGAUUUUCUGAUUUCAGAAGGAGUAAUUUAUUGUGGUCUUCUGACUACAUGAAUUAAAUUCACCAUGGAAUUUGUAAAAGCCUCUGAUUUCUUUUGUCUUAUCAGUUUUCAGAUAAGCCGUGUGCUUUUCUUUAAUUUAGUAAAGCAACAUUACCUAGCAAGUCUAAAUAAUGUGUGCUUUUAGAUUGUUCAGUUAUCAUUAGAGAUCAAUUUUCUUGAAUAGAGGAUGCUUUGUGUUCAUCCCAGGUUUAAAGGCUACAUUAUCAUUGUCAGUUACAUAAAUAAAUGUAACACUGGGCUGUGUAAGUGGAAACUGAGCAUCUUCCUCAUGUGACAAAACCCUCAUGAAAGUAAUAGAGGCGGAGGAGGAAAAAAGAAACCAGUCUCCUUCACUGUUCUGUUCUCCCAAUACACUUAAUGCCUCACCUACCAGUGAACCCAGACUUGUAGUGCAAGUCCAUUAAUGUUAUUUAGUUAUAGGUGUAAUUUAUUCUUGUUUAUUACAUCGCUAAUUCUGUGAAGGUUAUUUUAAGUCGAAGAAAUUAAUGGACCUGUUAACUAAAAAAAAAAAAAAAAAGUUCUGUUAUUUGGCAAAACACUGUACUCAUCUUUUUUUUUUUUCCCAGGGUGUGUUCUGACGUCACAACAGAAUAUACCUCACUGCCUCAGGACUUAAAGUAACUCGUAACAUUUUGAAAACUAAGGCUUAACUGUGUGGGUAUGUUCUGAACAGUAUAUAAGAUACGAGAGAACCGCUUUCAAAUAGUGUAUGAGGUUUAAGAACUAAACCAAAAAGAAGUAACAUCAGAUGCCCUGUGUUAAUCCCAACUUUGAUUCAUUUGAUUAUUUUGUGCUGGUGUCAUUCAUGCAGGAGACCUCAAGUAAGGAACGAAAGCAGAGGAGGACAAUAAAUCUGGUGUUGUGGGAAGAGAGAGAAAAUUGCAGAUAUAGGAAUGGGAUAACCGAGGAUGAUGAAUGUUAGAAGCUUCAGUAGGAAGAACAUUCUUGAAAUAUGAUACAGGAUAUCUCUGGAAGUAGAGUGAAGUACAGCUGCCUUUCUGGGAUCUUCCUUUAUACUGAACUACAAGUAUUGAAACGCUGGAUUAGCUCUCGAAUUUUAUCUGGCAUUCUCUACAUCUGCAGAAUUGCCUAUUGCAGCAACUUCUAUUAGUAAUAACACUCCCAAAACAUGUAGCUAGACAUCAGCAUUUUAAUGAACACUUGUAGCUGUAGCUGCAUAUUUUAAAAUUAUAUUUGUAAUUAUAUAGCAAAACAAAAAAAAAUAAAAGGUCUUUUGGGCUAUGUAAGGUGGGCUUAUUUUAAAGUAGCUAGAAAAGCUAUUUCAUGAGUUGUGUGAUACUACUUAAAUGAAUUAAAUUCUAAAUCACCUGCUCAAGUUUCACUAACGUCUUAGUGCUCAUUAAAUAAUUAUAAUUUAUUAGUAGUAGCCUGAAAGCUUCAGUUUCUUAAAACAAUCACUUAAUAUAGUAGUUUCAUUCUAAAACAGCCUGUAAAAUAUUGCAUUUCUAGCAAACUUUAAUUUUAAAUGGCUGUAGGUGUUUUUAAUCAUUUAGUUGAAACUAUAAUUUUCUGGGAGAUGAAAUUAUCUCCUAACUGUACUGUGAAAGUUUCUUACAGGCAUUUAUUUCACAUGAAUUAAAAUCAAGUACUGAAUAAUGAAUUCACAUAUGACUGUUUAAUUAGCAAUAAUUAAUGAAGAUAAAUAGCUCAAUAAUUAAACUUAAUUUUAACUUCACCAUAAUGUGUUUCCGAGUAUCAGAAUCAGAAACUAGGGAGCACUGUAAAUUUAUUUUUCUAUGCAAGUUUGACACAAAAAUUAAAUAUUUUUAAAAUAACUUCCAUUGUUUUAGACUUUGUACAUUUAUUUUUAUGGGCUAUAAGUAGUAAAGUAGUGUUUUUACCAGUUAAACUAUGAAAUACUCCUUUGGAUUUUAGGUAUUUUUAAAGUUGUUAAGAGAAAGUAAAAUUAUUUUCUUUUUGCAUUUGCUAAUAUUUAUUAUUGUGCUCAUUGCAUAAGCCACGUUAUUUAAAGUCUAGCUUGCACAGCAGUCAAAAAUGUCAAAAAGACCUCAGAUUCAUGUUUUUGUGGGAGCACCCAGUAUUCCAGGCCCACUGGAGGUGUUAGAGCCCAGUAGUUCAGCACCUACUGCUGAAAAAUGGAGAGAACUGCACUAUUUGUGUGACGCACGUGGGCUUCUUUCUGAAAAAGUCCAGGGUGCUGCUGACCCCUCAGUGUUCCAGGCAGGAAACUCCUCAGUCACAGCAGUUCCUACGAGGGAUGGCAGCGCUCGGCAGCCUGAACAGGGAAGGGCAGUGGCAGCAGAAGGUUUGGCACCUCCUGUACCUGUGGCAGUGAGUUGUACCAGCACACCUAAAGAGACCAAAAGUUUAACUUAUUCUGACUGUCAGAUAUCUAAAGAUAGAUACACACCUGCAAAUGCAAAUCAGGCUGCAGAUCAACACCUUCCACAGAAGUUUACAGGAUCAGCUGGGCAGGACAAAUCAUCCCAUGGCUGCUGUUCAGACCUCACUGAGAGAGAAGCUGGUCAUUCGGAAGUGAACGGCGCUGACAUUUCCGAGUUGGUUGCCAGUACGAAGCAGAUCAGCAUAAAUCUGUCUGUGGGACAGCAGUCAGGUCACAGAAGCGAUCGUCAUCAACAUCUAGAUCAGUAUCUGGAUACGGUUUUCCAAAACCGUCAAGAGUCAAAACCAAAAGAACCAAACGAUUGUUUGGACUUGGCGGUGUCAACAGAUACUGAAUUUCGCAGUGUAGUGACGUCAAGUCAGAUGGCUGUUCUUGCACAGGAGCGGAAUGAGAUGCUGGGAAGAAUCAUAAAGCUGUCAGAUACAGAAGCAGGCAAAAAAGCUGAAGAAAGACGGUAUGAUCACUUCCAAUUUGAUUCUGGUGUUGGAACGUGUACUAAUGUGGCUGAAAAUGAAUGUAAGGAAGAGUAUGCAAGUUCUCUUGAUCUUUUCAGUUCUGAGGAUGAUGGGGAAAAUGUUUGUUUUGAAGCUACAAAGCAAGAAGGAAGUGCUCAGGAAAACAUAGGGAAGUUACAAGAAAUUGAAGCUCCUUCUGAGCGCUUGGUAAAUGAAAUUCAUAUUGAACCAUUGAGCUCUGGAAUACUGUGCUCUCAAGUAGACUGUUCUCACAAGAACUCUUCUAAAAGACCCCGCAAGUGUGAAGAUUCCUUUCCUCUUUUUCACUCAGCAUUUAAAAGGCAGCUGAUAUCCAAGAGAGCUAAACUGAAUUCCUCUCCACCUGGUCCUGGGACUAAAGUGGAUCAAGAGAGGAUGACAGAGUUCAAGAAACUUCAGAAGAAACUAUCACUACUUAAGAAUUGCUGCUGCAAAAAUCAAAAGUACAAUGUUUUGGUCACAGUAGUACAUCCUUGUCAUAUCAAAGAAAUACAAGUAAAGACUAGACCAAAAUCUUCAUGUAAAGUUCCUGUAGCAACAAUUGUUGUUAUUGACCAGUCAGAAACUGAGAGAAAGGUGGUGCUGUGGCGUGGUGCUGCAUUUUGGUCCCUCACUGUGUUUCCUGGAGAUGUUGUACUGCUUACAGAUAUAACAAUGUAUGAGAACCUUUGGUGUGGAGAAAUCAUGCUUCAGUCUACAUUCACCAGUCGGUUACUGAAUCUGGGGAACUGCUCAGCUCUCAAUCCAGAAGAAUUUUAUCCUGUAGUGGACUGUGGUGUUCUCCAUGGCUUAUUGGCAUACAUAUCAUCAGAAUUUCCACACUUCAGAGACAUUCCACAAAGGCAGGUUCAGAGACUGGAUAGUGUUCAGUAUAUGCAGCUAGAUCAGCUCCAGCCAAAUACGUUGGUGCACUCAGUCCUGAAAAUUAUCGACAUUGCUGUAUUAACAGAAUCUGUGUAUACCUACAAAGGUGGCAGCCAAAGAAAAAUUAUUCUAACAGUAGAACAGAACAGAGAUCAACAUUACAGGAUGGUUCUGUGGGGAGCAGGGGCUGCCUGGUGCCCUCAGCUUCAAAGGAAAAAAGAUCACAUAUGGGACUUCAAAUACCUUCUGGUCCAACGUAGUUCUGUCUCAGGUGACUUGGAACUGCACACAACUCCAUGGUCAUCCUGUGAGUGCUUGUUUGAUGAUGACAAAAGGGCAGUUGAAUUUAAAGAGAAGUUUCAAAAAAGCCAGACAUCCCUCAUGCAGUUGACAAAGCUCUCUGCACACUUGGAGGAAAAAUGCUCAGGAGUGAUUCAAGUGAAAGCCCAUAUCUUAGAACUGAAGUUUACCAUUUCAACUGGUCAGUACAAGCAACUCAUCUUCUCUGCUGACACUUCACUGGAGUGUGUUUUGGCUUCUCUGCCUAUGAUUACAUAUUCAGGUUGUGCCAGAUGUGGUUUGGAACUGCAGGCAGAUGAGAACCUGAUCUACAAGCAAUGUAUUAGAUGUUUGCCAUACAACAAAGUAAAAACAUUCUACAGACCUGCUUUGAUGACAGUAGAAGAUGAAGGAUAUGAAAUUUAUGUUCAUGUUGUGUCUGAGUUGAUGGAAAAAAUCUUCCUCAAUAUUCCUGCAGACUGGCUGAACAGAUUAGUAGUGCCCUCCUCAGAUAUAACCUACAGCGCAAUAGUAGCAGAUCUGUGUCACUCGCUGCUGACGGAUACAGAAGCAUCCUAUUUGUUGGAAAUCAGGAGCCAUUUUGUGCUAGAUGAGAACAGCUACCCUUUGCAGAAGGAUUUCCAUCUGCUGAAUUUUCAUCUUGAUCUUUGAAGUAUUGACCUCUGCAGUAACUGAGUAACAAAGACCAUAAGAACACACAGAGGGUAAGGAGAAGAAAAAUGAGUUAAGUGAAAGAAGCAAAAUAUCUUAAAAAAAAUUACAAUAAAGGACUUUAGCCUUAACUUAUGAAAAAAGCAAAACCACCUAAAGGACUGAUAUGGAAAACGUGCUAAUAGUAUAUACUGCUGUUGUAAUACUGAUGAAUUGUUAUAGAGUAUAUUUUUUACCUGUAUUUUUAUCUUAAUAAACUCUUCCUGGGUAUCUGUUUGCCUUUUUCUCCUCAGAAAAGUUCACUACAAUUGAGAGAAGGAAUUUUCCUCAUGUCUGGCAGAUUUGAGGAAGACAGACAGAAUUCAGUGAUAUUUUAGUUAUAAGAUUUUUGUUUGUCUGAUCCUAUAUGCUGUCUGUUUUUUGGUUUGAGGUUGUGGUUGUUUGCUUUCUAACAGCAGAACUUUUGCCAUUUAUUCUCAGCAAUUUACUGCUGUUCUUUUGUCUUAUAAAACAGAACUGUCUCACUGAAUCAUAAUUUGUGUAUCUAGGAAUUACUGCACCAUUUUUUUAACUGUCUAAGACCUCUUAAUCUAGGGCAUUAUUUCAUGGACCACUUAAAUUAUUUAAUUGUUGUAGUAUUUAUCCAGCAGAAGCAGACAAAUUUAAUCACCUCAGUCCAUUUAUUCACGUUAACGCUGGUCUGCAAAGCUUUCUCACAAUUUGGUCAGGUUUAGAAAUGAAUUUAAUUUUUUUUAAAGACUUAGUAUAUCUGAUGAUGAUUUUUAUUAGUAAAAGAUUGAGUAAAUGAUAACUGUGCCUGACUUCAUAAAGUAACAGUCUGACUGUUACUCUGUGAAAGUGAUUAAAUACAUAGAUCAGUAUUUUUCUCUGAUAUAAAUAUAUUUCUCUGAUAUAACCUGUGCCUCUUAAAGAGGCUGGUAUAAGCUGGAGGAUAUGAAUUGUAUUUGCUGUCUGUCUAGAUCCUUGCAGAUCUUUACUUUUACUGUUCUCCUUCAGGAAACCAGUUCCAGCUAUGCUCUGGCUUCAGGCACAGAACUGUUCUCAAAACUGAAUUUGCUCAAGCUGUUAAAUGUGUUGUAAUGUAAGUAAAGUGACUUCUGAACAGCUUUCUUGUGCUGUUCCUUGGAAGUGGCUGCUUAGAAUUGAAUAACCAUGUUUCUUGGUGCUAGUUUGGAUUCUCUUGUAUCUCAUGUGAAAGCAGGUUGGAACUGCUGGGGUUUUAAUAUUGAUUAGAGCUGUGUGGAAGUCAUCUGUUUUCUUAUGCACCAAUAAAGGGAAAAGUAGUGAUGUUUCUGAUCAGUCUGGCAGCUAGAGUGAAGAAUCCUAAGGAUUAUAAGAUGACUUUGAAGAAAUGAAUUCUCAGCUGAAUUUUCAGAGGGUCACUUACAUUAAUUUUGUGUUUAUCUUCUUGUUUACUAAACAAGUUUGUUGAUCAAACAGGUUUGUGUGGUUCUGCUUCUCAUAGCAAACUUAGUCUUCUGUUUAAGUCCUAACCAUCUUGUGAUAAAAUAACCCUCAGGUCUGGGGUCCUCAGCACAGGGAGGACGUGGACCUGUUGCAGUGAGUCCAGAGGAGGCCAUGAAGAUGAGUGGAGGGAUAGUAGGAGGAAAGGCUGAGAGCUGGGGUUUUUCAGCCUGGAGAAGUACCUAAAGAGGCCCUGUAGGAAAGCUGUAGAGGACUUUUUACAAGGACAUGUAGGGAUAGGACAAGGGGGAAUGGCUGACAGAGGGUAGGUUUGUAUUAGAUAUAAGGAAGAAAUUGUUCAUUAUGAGGGUGGUGAGGCACUGGAAUAGGUUGCCUAAAGAACUUGUGGAUGCCCCAUCCCUGGAGGUGUUCAAGGCCAGGCUGGAUGAGACUUGGAGCAACCUGGUCUAGUGGAAGGUGUUCCUGCCCAUGGUGGGCAGAUUUGAAUGAGAUGAUCUUAAAGGUCCCUUCCAACCCAAACCAUUCUAUGAUUCUGUUUUGGUCUGUCUCUGGAACAACCUCUGCCAGGCCUGUCAGCAAGCACAGAAAUGCUGAUCUUAUGCCACGAAAAUCAAUUUUCCUCUGUGCCAAGAUAACCAAGACUAAUAUAAGACAGACAGCACAGUGAUACCAAAACUGUGCUCAACAUUAGCACCACUGGUGUGCAAAGGGCAGGACAAAAUCUCCAGAGGAAACUGGGUAGCUCCCUAUACAAAGGAAGCUGUGCAGAGUCUCAGAAGAGGAAUGAUAGUUUCCACAAUGUCAUGCCUGGGGCAACAGACAAACCAUUCACAGAAGACAGUUAUUAUGUUCUCAAUUGAUGAUCAAGAAGGAAAACUUAAUUCUGCUCCUGUUAAUAAACUGUGCUAAAGAUAAAAUGGAAAAAUCUCUGCUUUGUAAAAUGAGAAUUCAGAAGAGUUGCAAUGAUUGAAUUUCACUUCAAUGUAAAAGCACUUUUUAUCUUUAAUGUCAUGUGACUUGGCAUAAAAACAAGUUGACAUUGUCCUAAUCCAUCACCUUGGGGAAAAUUCUAAUCAUCUGUGCCUUUUAUAGCUUAUUCUAAUUACACUUACAUAGUAGCAUCUGGUUCUAAAAUGUGGAUUUCUUAAUGCCAGGGAAAACUGUUAAAGGGAAGAGCAAUGUCAGUAUUUUGAUUCAAUUAAGGUGUUAUUAUGCUGAUCCUAUCUGAGUGAAGACAUUGCAUGAGCAUUUUGAGUUUAGGAAGACUCGUGAGAAGCAGUCAUCAAUUGCAUUAGAAAAACCCUAAAGGUUGUUUUAUACCCUGUCAAUGUGUGGUCUCAGCAGGUUGAUUUGAUGACUUGGGGCAGAAGUCUUGCCCUCUGGAUUGCUGAACUCUGUGUGGGUAACCACCAAGUUCCAUCUAUUGGGCUUAGCUCUCUCCAGCUGAUGAGGACCCAACUGCCUCACUCUCUUCUCACAGUUUUGCAGAUCACCCCUCUGACUUGUGUUUAACAGCAUUCCUUCUUCAAAUCCAAGUUGCAAACAUGAUGCCAUAGUUUGGUUCCUAUCUUCAUUUUAAUAAUUCUGUGUAAAAGUUGUAGGUCCUGCUGCCUAGUGUUUACUACUCCUGACUUUUCUUCCUACCUUUCAAAGAGAAAGUCACUUUACUUUCUGUGCCUGGCGCAGGUAUUUCUUCUGGAGGAGUUCUCCAGUGCUUUAUCACCUGUGGUGCAUCUUUCUACCCUUCAGUUUCAUCAAGCUGCUGCUUUUAGAAUGUACAGUUAUAUUAGGAGCAAGUAAUUUUCAAAUCUGGUCUCUCAUUUCCUCGCUCAGAGGAAGGAUAGAUUAGUGCAGAUGGCAGUGAUCAUUAGGCUUUCUAAAAUAAUAAUAUAGGUAUAAUUUUAAUUGGGAGAAACGGGUAAGAGUGAUCCAAAAAGGAUUAUAAAUAAAUACUCUGCUUGAGAGGUUGGAGAGCUUCUCCAGGAUUCUGUUCUCUAGAACAAGAAUGUAACCAUUGUUCGUGUUUGUUCAAAAAUGGUGGUAAAUUGCUGCUCCCUGUCAUCUGAUGGGGUUGUACUUUCGUGAAGUUACAUGCUAGAUCUAUUGCAGAGCUUUAGAAAUUCCUGUAUUUGUCAAUAGUAUUGGGAAGCACUGAGGAGGCUGUCACAUCUUUCCAUGAUCUUGCAUGUAUUUCUUGUAUGUUUCUCAGAUAGGGUUUUCUGUGCUAUGCAUCUUUGUAAAAAUUGAACUUUUUUAAAGGAAAGAUACUUCUGGUAGGCACUGAGCAGUCUUGUAAUCAUUCCUCUUCAUCUCAGUUUAAGUCUCAAGCACAGGAUCAGAUGGAUGCUGUAUAAAAAGCAGCAGGUAAAAAUAAUUGCUACAUAGUUUGACAAUAAUUGUAGCUCCUUGUAAUGUCUCUUGCUUUACUCAAGUAGCUCUUGUUCAGGAAGAGUCAAAAAGGGUCUUUCUCAUUUACUUCACUUGGAUGACUGGUAAGUGUAUUUAAAUGUGUUUCUUCAUUAUUUUAACUGGAAUUAUUGAACAUACAAGCUGGAAGUAUUGUUACUUUACUAUAUAAGAAGCGCAAAGGAAAGAGAAUCACAUUAGUAAAAGGCAUUUUUUAAUUACAUGGAUGAUACUGUACAUCA